AUGGUCACCAACGCGGUCUUGGGCGGAGUCGCCGAUACCGUGGCCCAACUGAUAACAGCCUUUCAAUCCCGCUCGCAACAAAGAUCCGAAGGAGGAGACGGCCUUAUCUCGAUAGAAUUCGAAGACUUUGAUAAAGAGAAGCCUCCAGCAAUGGGGGAACUGGGUUAUGCGCACCGCUCACCGUCGCCGUUCGACUUUGAGCGUCUAACCCGCUUCAUGGCGUAUGGUUUCUUCAUGGCUCCGAUCCAGUUCCAGUGGUUUGGGUUCUUGUCGAGGGCCUUCCCUCUGACUAAGAAGAAUCCGACGGCGCCAGUGUUUAAGCGUGUUGCGUUUGAUCAGUUCAUCUUUGCACCAUUCGGUAUGUGGGAGUGA